CUGGGUCCCUCCCGGACUCCUGGGCCCCGUUCCCGGACGCCUGGGCCCCUCCCGGACGCCUGGGCCCCUCCCAAACUCCUGGGCCCCUCCCGGACUCCUGGGCCCAUCCCGGACUCCUGGGCCCCUCCCGGACUCCUGGGCCCCUCCCGGACUCCUGGGCCCCGUUCCCAGACGCCUGGGCCCCUCCCGGACGCCUGGGUCCCUGACGCAGCCGUAGCCUGAGAUAUGGACCCAAGAGGGGAGCCCGGACGCCUGGGCCCUUUCCCCGGACACCUGGGCCCCGUCGCAGGCUCCCGACUCCCUGCCAGGCACCUGGGUCCCUCGGACGCCUGGGCCCCUCCCCGGACGCCUGGGCCCUUCCUGGACGCCUGAGCCUCUCUCGGACACCUGGAUCCCUCUUGGAUAUCUGAGCCUUCCCUGGACGCCUGGGCCCAUCCCGGACGCCUGGGCCCCUCCUGGACGCCUGAACCGUCUCCAGACACCUGAGCCGCCCCGGACGCCUGGGCCCUUCGUGGACGCCUGAGCCCCCCCCACCCCAGACGCCUGGGCCCUUUCUGUACACGUGAAGCCUCCGCAGCCAGCUGAGCGGUCCCGGACGCCUGGGCCCCCCGGACGCCUGGGCCCUUCGUGGACGCCUGAGCCCCCCCCCACCCCCACCCCGGACGCCUGGGCCCUUUCUGUACACGUGAAGCCUCCGCAGCCAGCUGAGCCGCCCCGGACGCCUGGGCCCCCCGGACGCCUGGGCCCCCCGAGGGCGGGCAUGGCGGAGGGCGGGGAGCGCCGGGCGGCGCCGGGGGGGGCCGGGGGGCCCCUGGCGCUGCUCAAGGCCCGAGCGCUCGACGUCACCUUCGACGUGGGCGACGAGUACGAGAUCAUCGAGACCAUCGGCACCGGCGCCUACGGCGUCGUCAGCUCCGCCCGCCGCCGCGACACCGGCCAGCAGGUGGCCAUCAAGAAGAUCCCGAACGCCUUCGACGUGGUGACCAACGCCAAGCGGACGCUGCGCGAGCUGAAGAUCCUCAAGCACUUCAAGCACGACAACAUCAUCGGCAUCAAGGACAUCCUGAAGCCCACCGUGCCCUACGGCGAGUUCCGCUCCGUCUACGUGGUGCUGGACCUGAUGGAGAGCGACCUGCACCAGAUCAUCCACUCGCCGCAGCCGCUGACGCUCGAGCACGUCCGCUACUUCCUCUACCAGCUCCUGCGCGGCCUCAAGUACAUCCACUCGGCCAACGUGCUCCACCGCGACCUCAAGCCCAGCAACCUGCUGGUCAACGAGAACUGCGAGCUGAAGAUCGGCGACUUCGGCAUGGCGCGGGGCCUGGGCGCCGACCCGCGCCACGCCAAGGCCUUCCUCACCGAGUACGUGGCCACGCGCUGGUACCGGGCGCCCGAGCUGCUGCUCUCGCUGCACCGCUACACCCGCGCCAUCGACAUGUGGUCGGUGGGGUGCAUCUUCGCCGAGAUGCUGGGCCGCCGGCAGCUCUUCCCCGGGCGCAACUACGUGCACCAGUUGCAGCUCAUCAUGGCGGUGCUGGGCACGCCGCCGGCGGGCGUCAUGGCGGCCAUCGGGGCCGAGCGGGUGCGGGCCUACGUGCAGAGCCUGCCGCCGCGGCCCGCCGUGCCCUGGGAGAGCCUCUUCGGCGGCGCCGAGCCGGCCGCCCUGGCGCUGCUGGGCCGCAUGCUGCGCUUCGACCCGCGCGAGCGCCUGGGCGUGGCCGAGGCCCUGCGCCACCCCUUCCUGGCCAAGUACCACGACCCCGAGGACGAGCCCGAGUGCGUGCCCGCCUUCGACUUCGCCUUCGACCGCCGCGCCCUCACCAAGGAGGAGAUCAAGGCGGCCAUCGUGGCCGAGAUCGCCGACUUCCACGCCCGCCGCGACGGCAUCCGCCGGCACAUCGCCUUCGCCCCCGCCGGCGGCGGCCCCGCCGGUGGCCUCGGCGGCCCCGUGGCCAACCUCGAUGGCUCUAUGACCGACCUCGGUGGCCCCAUGGCCAACCUCGCACCGCCGGCGCCGCCGUGGCCACCGCCGCCUUGCCCCGGCCCCGCUCCCGACUGCCCCAUGGACUCGCCGCGCGUCAAGGCCGAGCCGGGGGCCCCGCCGGCCCCCAAGCGCGACGGCGCCAUCUCCGACGACACCAAGGCCGCCCUCAAGGCCGCCCUGCUCAAGUCGGCCAUGAGGAACAAGAGCAAAGAGGCGGCGGGGCCGGCGGCGCCGGAGGCGGCGGAGGGCCGGAAGCCGGUGACGGCGGCGGAGCGGCAGCGGGAGCGGGAGGAGAAGCAGCGGCGCCAGGAACGGGCCAAGGAGCGGGAGAAGAAGCAGAAGGAGCGGGAGCGGCGCGAGCCCCGAGGCCGGGGUGAGGGGCUCCGGGGCCUGGCCCUCACCGACGACGACCGCCACCUCCUCGAGCGCUGGACCAAGAUGCUGGACGGCGCCCGGCCGCCCGCGGCCACCACCGCGGCCACCACCGCCGCGGCCACCACCAUGGGCACCACCAUGGCCACCACCGCGGCCACCACCACCAUGGGCGCCGCCAUGGGCACCGCUAUGGACACCAGGGCCACCGCCGCGGCCACCGUCAUGGACACCGCCAUGGCCACCGCCGCGGCCACCGUCAUGGACACCACCAUGGCCACCGCCGCGGCCACCACCAUGGCCACCAUCAUGGGCAGCACCGUAGCCACCACCGUGUGCCCCACCAUGGCCACCACCAUGGCCACCACCAUGGCCACCAUCAUGGGCAGCGCCGUAGCCACCACCGUGUGCCCCACCAUGGCCACCACCAUGGCCACCACCAUGGCCACCACCAUGGCCACCAUCAUGGGCAGCGCCGUAGCCACCACCGUGUGCCCCACCAUGGCCACCACCAUGGCCACCAUCAUGGGCAGCGCCGUAGCCACCACCGUGUGCCCCACCAUGGACGCCACCGUGGCCACCACCGUGGCCACCAUCAUGGGCAGCGCCGUAGCCACCACCGCGGCCCGCGCCGCGGCGGCCGCCACCGUGGCCACCGCCUGGGCCCCCGAGCGCUGGCCCGAGCCGCCCCCCGACGUGGCCACCGUCACCCAGCAGCUCUCCAAGUCGCAGGUGGAGGACCCGCUGCCCCCCGCCUUCUCCGGGACCCCCAAGGGCAGCGGCGCCGGCUACGGCGUCGGCUUCGACCUCGAGGAGUUUCUCAGCCAGUCGCUCGACAUGGUGGCCGACGGCAAGGACAGCCAGGCCGACUCGGCGCCGCUCUCGGCCUCGCUGCUGGCCGACUGGCUGGAGGUCCAUCGCCUGAGCCCCGCCGCCCUCGAGAGCCUCCAGCGCGACCUCCAGCUCGGCUCCCCCAUGCUGCUCGCCGACGACCUGCCCGAGGCCUAGCCGGGGGGGGGGGGGGGCCCCGGCGUCCGGGCCCCGCCCCCUCCUUCCUCCUCCUCCUCCUCCUCCUCCUCUUCCUCCCGCCAUUAAACUUUGUAAGGAAA